CUCACCUAUCAGAGGGCCGGGGGGCCGAUGCUUCCGGUAGCUGUCCAGGACUUCUCACUCACGGUCUUGCGAGGUGCCCGGGGAGGUUGGUUUUUCUAUGGGGCAGUGAGACCAAAGAUAACUUUUAUCACAAAGGAUGGAGUUGGGAAAAGGAAAACUGCUCAGGACUGGACUGAAUGUGUUGUAUCAAGCAAUACACCCAAACCAUGGCCUUGCCUGGACGGAUGGGAAUCAAGUAUUUCUGACUGAUUUACAGCUUCACAAUGGAGAAGCCAAGUUUGGGAACUCCAGAGUCAUUGGACAAUUUGAACAUGUCUGUGGGUUAUCGUGGGCCCAGUCAGCAACGACUGACAUGCCUACUCUACUUGCUAUCCAGCACAAGAAGCAUGUCACUGUGUGGCAGCUGUGUCCCAGCACUGUGGGGUCAAGCAAAUGGUUGGUGUCUCAGACCUCUGAAAUUAGAGAAUCACUUCCUCUCCUUCCCCAGGGCUGUGUGUGGCACCCCAAAAAUGCUGUCCUGACUGUGAUGACUUCACAGAAUGUCUCUGUUUUCCCUGAUGUUCACUGUGACAGUUCCCGGAUAAAAGUGGACAUCAACACUCAGGGCCGCAUUCACUGUGGAUGCUGGACCCAGGAUGGCCAGAGGCUAGUGGUUGCAGUAGGCAGCAGCCUUCAUUCUUUUGUUUGGGAUAGUCCUCAGAAGAUUCUUCACAGGUCCUCCUUGUGUCCAGUGUUUGAUGUGGACAGCUACAUCUGUUCCAUGAGAGCCACUGUGGAUUCACAGGUUGCUAUAGCUACAGAGCUUCCACUAGAUAAGAUUUGCAGCUUAAAUGCAUUGGAAACCUUUGAUGUUCCACUUAGCGGUGAAGAUACUCAUCUGCCUACUUUUCCAGUUAUUGAUGAAAUGCCUUCUGUGGAUAAGGGGGAAAUUGCUUCUGAAUCAAAUUCUGAAAUAUCAGUUUCUCCUUCCUUUUCAGAGCCCUUGGAUCUAACUCAUAUACAUUUCAACCAAGCUAGGUCUGAGGGGAGUUCUCUUAUUUGCUUAAGACAAAAGAACUACUUGACAGGAACUGGCCAGGAUUCUUCACAUUUGGUUCUUGUGACUUUUAAGGAAGCAGUUACCAUGACCAGAAAAGUGACUGUUCCAGGCAUUUUGGUUCCUGAUUUAAUAGCAUUUAAUCUUAAAGCACAGGUAGUGGCAGUGGCUUCCAACACUUGUAAUAUAAUUUUGAUCUACUCUAUCAUUUCAUCUUCUAUGCCAAACAUCCAGCAAAUUCAUUUAGAAAGUAAUGAAAGACCCAAAGGCAUAUGUUUUUUGGCAGACAAAUUAUUAAUUUUGGUAGGAAAACAAAAGUCCACUGAUUCAGCAUUUCUUCCUUCUUCAGAGUCUGAUCAGUAUAUCCUUCAUCUGAUUGUUAGAGAAGUAUUGUUGAAAGAAGAAUCUUCAGCCACAUCUAACAAAAGCCAGAGUGCUCCUUCUAUUUGCAGUGCUCUGUUAAAUAGGAAAAAGUUGAUUAGAAGUCUUUCCCCAGAUUUUUGCCACCAAAACAGAGGGCUUUUAUUAACAGCUAAUACUAAUAGUCAGAAUAAAAGGCCUGGAAGGCCCCUUAUUAAAGAAAUCAAAAGUCUCCCAUCCAGUAUCACUGAUGAUUCCAUUGCCUUGGAAACACUCUCAAGGCCCAGCAGAACACCAGAUCACUCCAGCACACCAAAACCUCCUGAUGUGUUUCAAAAAGAGAACUUACAAAAGGAAAAGGAAACUUACCAGCUACCUAAGGAACUGGGAAUUUUGUCUAGAAACCUGAUUGAAUUGCAACAGUGUCUUUCUGAACUCAUGGAUUUUGUACAUAAUGGGAAGAAAUCCUCUCCAGUGUAUCCACUCUCUAAGGAUCUCCCUUAUGUUCACAUCAUUUACCAGAAACCUUGCUAUGUAGGUCCUGUUGAAAGAAGAGCAGUGCUUCUCUGCAAUGGCAAGCUAAGGCUCAGUGCAAUUCAGCAGAUGUUUGGCCUCUCUCUUGUUGAAAUGCUGCAUGAUUCCCAUUGGAUUCUUCUCUCUGCUGAUAGUGAGGGCUUCAUCCCAUUAACUUUCACAGCCACCCAGGCUCCUGCCUUAUAUCCUGCAAACCUGGAGAAAUACCACCCCACCCCAACAGUCAUAUCCUUCAGAGCCUGGGUAGGGGGCUCACAGAUACCUACCCCCACACUCUCCUGAAAUGUGACUUAAUAUUUCCUGGCCAGAUCAGCCUAAUGGUGGAGGAGGGAAUGUCGAGGAGAGCAGGAAUGAGUGCCAAAGGAGCCAAGAAGACUGGCAGCAGGGGCUUGGGAGGUGGUACAGACUCUAAGAAAGGCUCCAAGUCAUGUGCACCAGGUUCCCCACACUCUCUAUGGGUAGCCCCUAGUUGGGAAGAGAGGGGGAUUUGCCCUCUUCCCACUGUUUUUUUGUGCCUCUGGUAUACCCAGCCCUGGACUGACUGCAGACUGAGGGUGGAGAUGCCCAAGGCGCCAGCGCUUGAAAGUUUGGUGAAGAAAACAUAGGAUGCAUAGAAGAUCGUCUCUAGACCAGGGCCGUGCCGGUGCUGCAGCUGGAAAUCAUCCACCACAUCUGGCAGAAUGGACCUGGGAACAGGUGCAUGGAGUUAGCACUCUUCAUCCCCUUGACAGCAGCAGCCUAUGGGCUCUCUGGAGACAAAUGUGUCAGUCUUCUGUGCUCAAAACCAGGACAGACCCCCAGAGAGCCAGCAGUUUGUGUGCUUGUAUUCCCCACCCCCACCAUUCUCGCCAUUGGUGCCCUUUAGGAGGAUUCUAAGGAGGGAACCUGUGGCCUUUAUCUCCUGCUCAGGGUGACCCAGGACAGCAGGUUGGCCCAAAGGAAUGGAUAUCCCCCCUUCCCUUCACCCAGCCUACCAUGGUAGCAGCAAGGACACAGCAGUGCUCACACCAGAGACAAAGGCCACAACAUAUGCCACAGGUGCUGUGGGCAUAGCAGCCAGUAAGAUUGCAAAAGGCACCAUCAUCUAGGGAGACAGACACACAGGCUGGUCCCUCCACCCACUACCUGGGCUUGUUCUUUCAUUCCCACACUCUCUGCUCUUUGAGCCCUGGGCCUGGUCCACAGACACAAAGUCCAGACACAGAUUGAGCCCUGCUGGCUUCAGGAAGCCCAGGCACGGUCACCUCCCCAGGCACCCCUAGCCUUCCUUCUCACUCACAAAGAUCCCGAAGGCUGGUGUCCUCUUCCCAAAUCUCUGGAGAACCCACUCCCACAAGGGGGUGCUCAGCACAGCUGAGACCUGUGGCAGACAGCAGCAUCACAGCAAGGCCCUGCAGCCAGCACUCAACCCAGCACCUCAAAGCCCAACCAUGAUCUUGCCCCUGGUUUGAAUUAGCAGCUAUUAACCUCGACUCUGCUCCCAGUUCCACCCUCUACUGUAGGUGACUAAGACCAAAGCCAACUACAGAAUGUUGACCAUUAGAACAAUGGCCACACAUCCCCAGCUCAGGGCCUUAGGUGCCCUGGCCUUCACCACCCAGGUCCCCUCACCAGGAUGAUGAGCACCAAGUUUUGGACGUGGUCGUGGAGCCGGGAGGCAUGAGUACAGAACAGGACCAGGUAGCUCUGCUCCACCUGAGGCGGUGAACGGGAGGUGGGCAUAUGCAGGGAAUGGCAGAAACUCAGAAAUCAGGGGCAGGGACAGGGUCUCAAGUCUGGCCUCUUUGGGAUCUUGAGCUCAGAUCACUGUCAGCAUCAUGCAGUCACCCCACAAAAGAAGCUUUUCCCCAACAGACAGAAGCACUAUUCCUAGUUUAUCAUCACCCCCUGCACAGCUAAGACCAGUUAGACUUGACUAAACUUCAGGUAACAUAAGAGAAAACCACCCCAGACACUGUCAGCUUCCUAGGGCUUAAGGCCCCCAAUCUCCACCUGACUCUUUUCCCAGCACAUUUCUCUGAGCCGAAGACCCACCCCAGGUUCCCCCCUACAAAACUCAAGCCGAAAGACUGAACUCUGGACCUAUGCAAGAGAGGGGGAUCAGGUGGCCAGAGAUACCUGAACAGCAGUUGAGAUGAACAGGAAGGAGACCACUAGCUUCAGAUAGGGUGGGUGCCGGGCAGUGAGGCCCAGCCCAGCCAGGAAGCCCAGGCCUUGGCCUGAAGCAGAGGCAGAAGGAUCUGCAACACAGGAAGGUGACAUCUUGGCUUGGUAGGAUUCAACACCAAAACCCACCCCCAAGAGGAGUCCUGCUUCCAGUUCUGGCCUCCCAUUUCCUCACAGUGCCUCCAUACCUGGCUGCUCCUUCACCCCUAGGCAGAGCAAACCACUGCAAACGUGGUAAGUCACCACCACCACAGCGGCUGCAAUGGAGUAGAGACGAGUCUGUGGGACAGGACAGAACUGGGCUGAGGGUGAUGUCUCCAACCCAGGGAGGCAGGGCCAGAGUACUUCCCAGUGGAGCAGAGGAACCUCAGCUCAAGCCCCAGGUGCUGGGUCCCUCUCUUCCAUAUCACUCAGAGGUAGGUCUAAGGGCCCAGAAUGGUCCUUCACACACAUCCAGUUCUGCUGACCCUGUGCUUCCUGCCUGGAAAGGAGGCAUUGAUGCCACCAGAGGUCAGAGCAUUCACUUUCUCAUUUCACUUAGCAAACAUACAUUGCCAAUGACGUCUGCAUGCUAGACCCUGAGGUUAUGAUGAUGAAUAAGUGACCUGGCCCAUCCAUGAUAGGGGACUGUGUGUGUGACAGAUCUGUGGGUAGACAUUUAUAGCAGUGUGACACACAAUGACCCAGAUGAACAAAACAGAACAGCACUACCUAUUCAGGGGAAAUACAUAGGUAAUAAAAAUUGCCCUGGAAGGGGAGGGUGGGGUAGCUCUCCCAGGUGCAGUGCAUACAGUUCAGCAGGGUACUGUGCUUGGAGUUUAAUGCUCUCUUGUCAUGGUCUUGAGAAGCUUGAUAAUUAAAUUUUUUUUUUGUAAUUGUAGAUGGA